GGCCCCAUGGAGCGCGCCGCGCCGUCGCGCCGGGUCCCGUUGCAGCUGCUGCUGCUCGGCGCCUUCUCGCUACUGGCAGCCCGAGCGGACACAGACGUUCCCAUGGAGACCUGCUGUGCCGACGGACAUCGCAUGGCUACCCAGCAGAAGGCCUGCUCGCUGCCCUACACCUCGAAGUCCAAAGAGUGCAGGAUGGUCCAGGAGCAGUGCUGCCAUAGCCAGCUGGAGGAGCUGCACUGUGCCACCGGCAUCAACCUGGCCAACGACGGCUGCACCACACCGCAGGGGGACAACGCCGCCAGCCUCGAGGCCAUGUUUGUGAAGAGGUGCUGUCACUGCUGCCUGCUGGGGAGGGCGGCCCAGGCCCAGGGCCAAAGCUGCGAGUACAGCCUCAUGGCCGGCUACCAGUGUGGGCUGGUCUUCCGGGCGUGCUGCGUGAAGGGGCAGGAGAGCGCAGACUUCACGCCGGGGGACGUCGGCGACCUCCAGGAGACAGCUAAAAUUUCUGAGGGUGAGGAGGAACAAGAAGACCCGUACCUUAAUGACCGCUGCCGAGGCGGCGGCCCUUGCAAACAGCAGUGCCGUGACACGGGGAAUGAGGUCGUCUGCUCUUGCUUUGUGGGCUACCAGCUGCUGUCUGACGGCGUCUCAUGUGAAGAUGUCAAUGAGUGUAUCACUGGCAGCCAUAACUGCCGACUCGGCGAGUCCUGCAUCAAUACCGUGGGCUCAUUCCGCUGUCAGCGGGACAGCAGCUGCGGGACAGGCUAUGAGCUCACGGAGGACAAUGACUGCAAAGAUAUUGACGAGUGUGAGAGUGGUAUUCAUAACUGCCUCCCCGAUUUUAUCUGUCAGAAUACUCUGGGAUCCUUCCGCUGCAGACCCAAGCUACAGUGCAAGAGUGGCUUUAUACAAGAUGCUCUAGGCAACUGUAUUGAUAUCAAUGAGUGUUUGAGUAUCAGUGCUCCGUGCCCUGCGGGGCAGACGUGCAUCAAUACAGAGGGCUCCUACACGUGCCAGAAGAACGUGCCCAACUGUGGCCGUGGCUACCACCUCAACGAGGAGGGCAACCGAUGUGUCGAUAUAGACGAGUGUUCAUCGCCCUCAGAGCCCUGUGGGCCAGGGCAUCUCUGUGUGAACUCCCCUGGAAGUUUCCGCUGCGAAUGCAAGGCUGGUUACUAUUUCGAUGGCAUCAGCAGGACAUGUGUUGACAUCAAUGAGUGCCGGCGCUACCCCGGCCGCCUGUGUGGCCACAAGUGCGAGAACACACCUGGCUCCUACUACUGCAGCUGCACCCUGGGCUUCCGGCUGUCGGCUGAUGGCCGGUCCUGCGAAGACGUGAACGAGUGCACCAGCAGCCCCUGUAGCCAGGAGUGCGCCAAUGUCUACGGCUCCUACCAGUGUUAUUGCCGACGGGGCUACCAGCUCAGUGACGUGGACGGGGUCACCUGUGAAGACAUCGACGAGUGUGCCCUGCCCACCGGGGGCCACAUCUGCUCCUACCGCUGCAUCAACAUCCCCGGAAGCUUCCAGUGCAGCUGCCCCUCCUCCGGCUACAGGCUGGCCCCCAACGGCCGCAAUUGCCAGGACAUUGACGAGUGUGUAACCGGCAUUCACAACUGCUCCAUCAACGAGACCUGCUUCAACAUCCAGGGUGGAUUCCGCUGCUUGUCCUUUGACUGCCCGGAGAACUACCGCCGGUCUGCAGACACGCUGCGCCAGGAGAAGACAGACACGGUCCGCUGCGUGAAGUCCUGCCGCCCGAACGACGUCACCUGCGUGCUGGACCCGGUGCACACCAUCUCUCACACCGUCAUCUCGCUGCCUACUUUCCGCGAGUUCACCCGCCCUGAAGAGAUCAUCUUCCUCCGGGCCAUCACACCGGCAUAUCCCGCCAACCAGGCCGACAUCAUCUUUGACAUCACAGAAGGGAACCUUCGGGACUCCUUUGACAUCAUCAAGCGCUACAUGGACGGCAUGACCGUGGGUGUCGUGCGCCAGGUGCGGCCCAUCGUGGGCCCGUUUCACGCCGUCCUGAAGCUGGAGAUGAACUACGUGGUCGGAGGUGUGGUGUCCCACCGAAAUAUCGUCAACGUCCACAUCUUCGUCUCUGAGUACUGGUUCUGAGGGCCGGUCCGCAUCACAGCCAAAGCUGUGCCUCCAGGCCAAGUCAUUGCUGCAGACGAUGCCCUGUGCCUCUUUACACCACCCAGACAUUUCUUCACUUUAUGUAUUUGUAGUGUUAGGACAGCAUGUAUUAAGCUGGGCCAGAUGAGUAAGUCCAUCUGAUGUACUUUGGUGUUUAAAUCACGAGUCUAAUUAUUCAACUAUUUGAUUAAAACCCUGCU